CCGCCCUCUGGAAGCGGGGAGCCCUUAACCCUCACUUGUCAUAUCGCCACAGGGAAUCCCACCUCCCCAAGCAGGACCCGCGGGCUCUACCUCCCAGCAGGCUCGGCGGCGGAGGAGGGGAAGAAGGCGGCGGAGGAGGAGCCGGCUCCCUCAGCAGGACGGCGGGAAGGGCUCCGUGAGGGGCGGGGCGCGGGCGCCAUUGCGGGGCCUGUCCCGGAGCCGCAGCGAGGCCAAGUGGAAAAAUCCUGUGAGGAGCCAGAUGAUACCCACUGUUUCAAGUCAUACAAGAAGGUGCUGAAGUCUUAAUUCGUCAUUUAUCAUAGGAAAAAAGUAUUUUUGCUUUUUGGUCUCAGCUUAUGCAAGCAAAUGAACGAGAAAGAAGCUGCUUUGCCCUGAUGAUGUAUUUCACCUUCAGAAUGUGCUGGAAGCAAGUCUGUGCCAAAAGCAGCUUUUGAAGGACGUGGAUGUACUGAAAAAUUGAGCAAAUGGAAGGUUAAGGUCCUGAUGUUGUCCUAGUCUUGUUCCUCUACCUCGAGUCAGUAUGUCAACGAAAUCCAAGGCCCCGCUUUCCUUGUCUGACUGCCUCUGCCAAAUUUGCAUGGAGAUCUUCGUGGAGCCCGUCACGCUGCCGUGCAGCCAUACCCUCUGUAAUUCCUGCUUCCAGCUGACGGUGGAAAAGGCCAGUCUUUCUUGCCCUUUUUGUCGGCGUCGAGUCUCUUCUUGGGCACGGUACAACGCCCGCAGAAAUACUCUUGUCAACUGGGAGCUCUGGGAGAAGAUUCAGAAGAAUUACCCUGAGGAGUGCGAGAGGAGGAUUAACGGACAGGAUUUGGACGAGGAAAUCUGUGUCCCCAAACCACAGCACCGGCUAAGCAAGCCUGGGGAGCUGAGGCAGGAGUAUGAAGCAGAGAUUAGCAAGGUGGAGGCCGAGAGGCGAGCGCACGAACAGGAGGAGAACAAGGCGAGCGAGGAAUUCAUCCAGCGGCUGCUGGCAGAGGAGGAGGAGGAGAACAGGUUGGCAGAACAGAGGCGGAGGGAGAUGGAGAAACAGCUGAAACAAGAUGAAGAGCUGGCCUGGCAGCUCAGUAACAGUCUGAAUGAGGAUUCUGAGGGACACGUGCUCAGCAGCCUGUCACCAGCACACAGCCUCUCGCCUCAAACAUCCCCGGCACACUUGUGCAAGGCAAAGAACAAACCAAGCAACACUGGAGACAUUCAGAAGUACCUGUCUCCGAAGCAUCAUGGUACGUUGGGACCAGCAUCGUUCUGUAGCACCACAGGAAGAAGCAGGAGCAGCUCUGGCUCAGUGGAGACCAAGAGCAAUGAAGGCAGCUGUUCUGCAUUGCAGGAUGAGCAAGAAAAAAUGCCGACCCUGUCUCCACAGCUGACCAGUGUAAAUAAAGAUUCUGAUGCUAAGGAUUCGUUUUUGGAAUCAUGCAUGAACUAUUUCAGUGCCUCAGCUUCAGGUGAAACCACUACUGUCAACCAGGAAAAAACACCAGGACCAAAUUGUUUAGGAGAUGGAGUUCCAGGUGCACUUCAUGGAGCCACAGAAGGGGAGGGGUCUGGAACAGCUCUUUGUAGAUCCAAAGGAAAAGAUGAUGAAAUUGAGACAAACAGUGGCAGUUUAACACGUGUAGAAAGCAUAAACUUUGAAAACUCUCCUCAAACUUGUACCUCUGUUCAGUCAGGGAUGAAUUCCGUGAUGUCUGACAGGCAGAGUGCAGGAUGUGAUCUGGGGAAGGUGGCUGCACACUCGGAUGAAAAUGAACCAGAGGGGCUGGAGAACACUAAGGAAACUCCCAAAAGGAAGCUGCUGGAGGCCCCAGCUGAUGCCAUGACUGACUCAGGGGUGCUUGACAAGAGGAGAAGAACCUGUUCAGAAAGCGUGGAAGACGAAGGGGUGCAGAUUAAUGAUUUCAACUUGCAAACACAAAGAGCCUUUGAGCAGGAGUUCUAUGAAAGGCGUAGGCAGGAGGAGCAGGACAGGCUCCUGGCUCUGCAGCUACAAAAGGAGCUGGACAAGGAGGAAAGGACACUCAACCGGCAGAAGGGUUCUCCAGACGAGUAUCUGCUUCGCACCAAACCACCUCAGUCUCUGAAAGACUCUGCUGCCAAAAAGGGAAGUUGCAAGGUGGCCAAAGACUCCAAGGGAUCAAAAAAACAGGCUGAAACCAAUCACUACAAGACUCGGAAAGGUUCCUGCAAUGAAAACUGGCAGUCCCCUGCCAAGGUCCGGGUGAAAUCCCCCGGCAUCAAGGAGGGAAAGGUUUUGAAUUGUGUGGUCAAUACCAGUGACAAAAAUGAUAUUUGCUCACUGCCUAAGAACAAGCAAAAGACGAUCCUGCAGAUGUUUAAAGGCCCUGUUGCAGAGUAGAUCAGCAGAGCCACGGACACGUGGUGGACUGGGAAUAGGAACCGUGGGGAUGUUCUCCCGCGUUAGGCAAAGCUUCCUUAAGCAGUUCCGAGUUGUUGGUUUGGAGAGGAAUGGCUUUAGGCAGCGGUGUUGUGAGUUCUGAGUUUUAGCAGUGUACACCCCCAGACUUGAACAUUUCUUAAUUGCCCUUCUCCUGAAUGUUAUUUUCUAGCACUUGCAGCACUUCUUGCAGGACUCACGGCAUUUCUCAUUUGCUAGCGCUUGGGUUUACAUGGUUUGGAAUGUGAAUACCCGUAGUGUUCAAAACCAAGGAUAAUUUAAAAUGAGAAUCCAGAGUCUUUUAUGGAAAGGAUGCACAUUCCGUGGAGGAAGCAAGGAAAGAACGAGUCUGUAUUCCCAGCUGGCUGCCAGCUGCAAGGUUCAACCCUCAGCACAACCACUGCUCUGUAAAUUGAAGCAUGUCACUGAAAUUUUGGCUGUUUCUGGAAUUGCAGCCCGUUUACACAAGUGGAACCAGACAGCCACUCUUUCCUUCUCAUAUGCCAGCCCCUCCCUUGGAUAAAGAGGGAAGAAACAGGUCAUUCUUCCACUGCCAAAGCCAAGGAUCUUUCACGGAUGCCAAGGUUUUGGGCUUGUAUUCACCUCUAUUCAGAGAGGUCCCUCCUGCAGAUCCCAUUUUCCUUAUUGUUAAGAAUACCAUACUUUUGAUUUCUUACUGCUAAUGUUCUGCAACUUUAUUGUUCUAUAAUAGUGUUACCUGUAUUUGGUGCCGUUUAAUUUUCAUACUCAAACUGGUUUAAGUCUGAUUAAAACCACAUAAUAUUAAAAAAAAACCCAGUCCAGAAGCCAGUUAUGAUGGAGAAAGUUAAACCAAAAGGGGAAAAGCAACUGAAAACUGAAGUUGUCAGUAAUGAUGUAACUGCAAUUAAAGAUUCACAUAACUGCCCUGCCUGGCUGUAACUGUUCCCCUCCAUUAUUAGAGGCACUACCAAAUACUGUUCCCAUUGGGUUUAAAACUAAAAGAACUUAAAAUAAAUUGUAAUUUAGAGCUGGGGGUGCUGAGGCCUGUAGGAAGUUGAGGCUGGUGAAGAGAUGACCAGGUCCUGCUCCACAGAGGAAGUUUUCUUGCCAAUUGUUUUAUCUGUUGUUUUAUGAAGCCAUAUUUUGGCUUUUCUUUGCUUCUUUGGAGCUAUUUUUGCACUGUUCAUGUUUAAAAUGGAGCCAAGCACCAUCUGUAAGUCCUGAAGGGUGUUAGUCACCAAAGUCAGCAAUUGUUUGAGAUUUGUCCAUUUUUUUGAACCCCACUGAUGACUUUAAUUCUGUUUUGGGAAAUUUGUAACAAAAUACUUCAAAUCAGUAUCUUCUGAUGGUUUAAUUUUUAAGAAAGCCCAAAUUUUAUGGAAAGCACGAGAGGCACACCGAGCCAAAACUCUGACUUGUUGGGUUUUUUGUUUCCCUCUGCCUGUAUGUCUCUAUCAAUGGUGGGCUUCUCAUAAAUAAAUGGUCUGGUCUGAGAUGUUUUUUGAGACAGUUACAAAAGAUGACCUGCUGCAAAUCCUUCUCUUUUCCUCCUGCUGCCUCAGCCAUUGUGCUGGAAGCCUUCCUUCAAGAUGGAUCUGGUUCUCUUUAAUCCUGACCUGAGUCGAGGUUGUUUUUCUGUUCAACAGGAACAAAUAUAUCCCUUCAUUAAUUCAAGUGUUCUUUAAGGCAGAGCCACUGGCUGUUUCCAUGCUGGGACCCUUGGCCUUUCCAGUCAGGAUAAGCCUGUAAAAAAUAAACUCCAUUUUCAAAGCA